AUGGUGUUCAUUUGGCUGAUCGUUCUCCUUAAGUUCGUAAUUUCGGAACGGCGCUUCUUUCUGUCUAAGCACAGUAAUUGGAUAAGCCUUCACCAGAACUGGCAAAAUGGCGAUAUCCCAUGCCGAGGUAACAGUAAACACACAUAGAGAGAACAAAAACAAAGUUAUCCAGGAGACCAUGUACGGUUCGAGGAGCACGAAAGAGUGGUCGCCUUCAUGGACAGCGAGAUCGAGGUGAUUCCAGGGAUGAUGACCCAUCAGCAACUGUUUUGAGGCCGACCAAAUCGUUCUGCCGAAUGACGGCGUUCUGACUUUUCCCUCGGACGGGGUGCGAUUGGGGAUGCCAGCCAAGUGGCAAUGCGAAGCUCGAAAAACUCCUGAAGGUGCGUUUUCUAUUUUCUUCGAUGUUAAUCUAGUCAUUUUCCAAACAUAGAAGUAUAUCAAAUUGAAUGAGUUUUGAUAAGGCUCUUGUGAACGCUCAGAGUAAGAAUUCUUUGAGCUUGGAAAUCAAGUUGAGUUUCCUUUUAGCCGUGAACAAGGCUGAAACACCUAUCAAAUUUUUAGACGUAGAAGACUUUAAUUUUGAUAGUCGAAUAAGUAAUUCCAGAUGUUUUCUUCAAACCCGACCCCUACUCACCGUCGUUCUUCGAUCCGAAGACCUGGGAGUCUCCUCCGGGGGCUUUCCUUCACAUGCACCAAGUGCCUUCUGUCAAUGUCAGCCCUGCAUAUUCGAAUUCUCGAAACGUCCGUUUCAGGACGACAUCUUGUUACCGACAAUUUCCGUUUUGCAAUUGUACAUGGAUGUUCCUGGUAAAGUAAACUCGAUCACCUGGUACGACGACAACGUGAGUUCACAAAAACUUAAUUUUUUCAUACGAAAGCUUUGUUAGAGGGAUAUGAAAAAUCCACUUGAAAUCUCACGAAUUUUUAAAAAAAUUAGAAUGCAGAAUCUUCCAUAAUCGUUUCAGUAAAAGUUUAUUAUUCUGAAUUAUAAGAAAAAAAAGGACCCGUGCUGUAAAGUAACAUAGAAUCUUCACGAAGAUACUCGUCGGUUUGGAGCAACGGAAAUAGGCAAAAAAAAAAGAGAGAGAGAGAGAGAGAGAGAGAGAGAGAAAAAAACGUCUUUCCGUAUAAGAAGAAGAAGUGACACGUGUGCGGAAGGAAGCGUUUUUGAGAAUCAAAAUAUAAAUGAGAGGAGGGCCGAGUAAAUCGGAGAAGCUCAUGGAAAUCUCGAGUAGUAUAUAAAAUGUUGUUUUUGGGACACGUUUUUGCCCUAAUGACGUUUUCUGCACUUUUUGGUUCUUUUAAUGUUUUCAUAAAACAAAAAUAUGUCUUACACGGGAACUGCGAAAGGUCAAGGUAUUGGAAUUUGAUGAAACUUUGUAUAUAGGUACUUUCGAACACCCUGAAUCUAAAGAAAUUGAAAAAAAUGCGCCUUUUUGGUUCUAGUUGAGUUAUGGCGCCUCAAAGUUUGCACGCAAAAAACGCACUGAAUGGAACUCGAUUCGCUUAUGGGAGGAAUGUGUUGCGGCGGCUCACUCCAGCUGCCAGCAGGCGGCGUGGUGUAGUGGUUAG